AUGGCAAAAAGAGCAUUCGCGAUGCUUGAACGCCAAUCGCUAGCGGAGAAUUCAUCGCCGUCGGUCGAUACCAAACGCCCAAAACGCUCUUCCGACGUAGCAGCAGCGACCGAGAGUACAACAACAACAUGUUUGUUCCCAAAAGCGGUUAUUGGAUACCCGGAAUUGUCCGAAGAGCCAAGUAGCGAUUGGGAUAGAAGCGUUUUGUGUAGGAUCUGCGUUCGAUUACCUGACGGGAGAAGAGUGCAGAGAAACUUCUUGAAAUCAGAAUCGGUUCAGCUUCUCUGGUCGUUUUGCUACUCCCAGAUGGAUCAAUCGGAGAGGAACAAGCCUUUCAAGCUGUUUCAAGCCAUUCCGGGUUAUUACAAGAAUCUUUAUUACGGAUAUUACACGAGUUUCGAACAAUCUGGGCUUGCCAACUCUUUGAUCUCUGUGACUUGGAUGUGA